AGAGACGCUGUACGCCAUCUUGAAGCUAUCACUAAAGCUAGUAGCCAGAAAGCGCAGCUACCUGUACAUUCUUAUCAACGCAGUCACCCAAAAUAACCAUAGCUAGCAACUAGUUAACUAGGCUAGCUGACAUGAGCGGCCUUAACUCUCGAAAUAAGACAGCUGCCACAGUCAAAGGACCAACAGAUACCGAUAUUGGUCCAGCUGCAAAUUCGAGGGAACGUAAGUCUGGUGGAAGUAUGCUAAAGAGGCUCACAUCGCGACGAAAUCAAGCGGAAAAGAGGCCUGUUGUUACAGAGGAUGAACUCAGGGCGCUUGGAAAAGACAUCACACCGGACCAAGUCCUGGGUCUGCGGAAUGUCACUCAGGAUUAUCUUUGUAAACCAGAAGACAAUCUCUACAAUAUUGACUUCACACGUUUCAAGAUCCGAGAUCUUGAGACAGGGACGGUUCUCUUUGAGAUUGCAAAACCUCACAACUGUGACACUGAAGAGGAUGAGGAGGAGAAUGGAGAUGGAGACACCAACGCUGGGCGCUUUGUGCGCUAUCAGUUCACACCUGCCUUUCUUAGACUGCGGACUGUUGGUGCAACUGUGGAGUUCACAGUGGGAGACCGGCCUGUUAACAGCUUUCGCAUGAUCGAAAGGCAUUAUUUCCAAGAGCGCCUUCUGAAGAACUUUGACUUUGACUUUGGCUUCUGCAUCCCAAACAGCCGCAACACGUGCGAACACAUAUAUGAAUUCCCCCAGCUCCCAGAGGAUCUGAUAAAGCGAAUGGUGGAACAUCCGUAUGAGACCAGGUCAGACAGCUUCUACUUUGUGGACAACAAAAUGAUCAUGCACAACAAGGCAGACUAUGCCUACAAUGGUGGGCAGUAAUAUAAGGAAAAAUAGAUUAUUGUGUGCAAUUUAACAUAGGGGGAUUUCCCCAGGAUCCCUUGGGAACAGAAGUGUAUUCUUCACAGACAUUCCAAUCAACUUCAUUAUGACCAGAAAUGAAGAAACAGAACCAUCUACUUACACAAGAAGUGACACGUUCAUGCCUUUCUAUGUUUGGGACUCAUUGGAAACCUAAGCUUAUAUUUUUUCAUAGGAUUUUGGCUUAUUUUUCUCUUUUCUCUCUCGUAUCUAAGUUAAUUGCCUCACAUUUUGCCUUCUGUUAUAUGAAUUGAUAGCAUAAGUCUGUCACCAUACUGCCCUGCAGAGCAUAUGGUAUCAUUUCUCAUUUUCUUUCUGUAAUUUAUUGACUACAAAGAAAAGGAGAUCUCAGGCACAUUUUCAACUCUGUAUGCAGUUAACCCAUUUGGUGCCACUCAUUGUAAUAACGUAGGUUUGUUCUCACAGGGGUGGUUAUGAGUCUCAACAAUAUGUGAAGUCACGCCUCUCGUGCCUUGUAUUCAGAUUGCUCAACCUUAGAAGCCACCUGAUUGUGUUUGUCUUUGUAGGAGAAUUUCCCUGGUAGGUCCAAACUGAUCACUUUAAUAGGGCUUCAUUUUCAUAGAGAAAAGUUUGUCACAACCAGAUUGGCGGUUUAUGAUAACUACCUAUCUGGUAUGAAAUGUCAAUUUACGAAAACAUUAUAUUCUCAGAGUCUCCCAAGGGAAGUUGCAGAGGGUGUCGUUUUGACUGCAAGCCAAAGUAUGAUCAUUCUAAACCCCUGUGAUGAAUGUGUUUCCAGACAGCUCGCCGGGUAAGAGCAUCUACCACUAAGGCUAAGGCCUUAAUGCAGGGGCCUGGGUUUGAUUCUUGCCCGGGGUGUUCCCCUCUCUUGCUCCAUCUGCUUUCCUCCCUCCCUCUCUCUACUCUCUCUCUCUCUCUCUCUCUCUCUCUCUCCAAACUGUCUCUGAAAAUAGGAGGGGGGGAAAUAAGUUAAAUAUGAAUGUGUUUGAUAUCACUUAGAGUAUGCGGUGUAAUUAGCAUUUUCUUAACUGUUGCUGGAGGAGAAAACAGUCACUUGUAUACUGCUCUGAUUUGCCCUUCAAAAGCAUUAUUUGGAAAAAACAGAAAUAACAUGAUUGCUACUGAUUAUAUUAUUAUUGUUGAGUCUGGCCUUGUAAAAUUAUUUCUGUUAAGAUGGAAAUCAAUAGCACAUUAAAACCAUUUUGAUCUUGAA